AUGCAGUGUGAUAAAGAGAAAUUUUACGCAGUUAAUCGAUAUUUAUCUUCGAGUUUUCGUCACCUCGGACGGCUGAUUGGACGUCAUCCAUUGUAUUUUGUGAUAAUUCCGUUUCUAUUCACUACACUCGCAGCUUUCGGUUUACUUAGGCUGCAAGUUAUUAAAGAUACUGAAUAUUUAUUUGUUCCACCACACGGAAGAACGUUGAAAGCCAGAUCAGAUAUUGAGAAGUUAUUUCCGGAAAAUGCUACAGACUUUGAUUUUACACGAAUGACAAGACUUAACGGUUUAAAUAUUAUUAUAGUCACACCUAAAGAUGGAGGAACAAUGAUUCGUGAAUACGUAUUUGAUGAAUUGCAAAUGCUGAACGAAAAGAUUCUUAAUGCAAAAAUAAAAUGGAAUAGACAAAAUAUAACGUAUCCGCUGGAGAUGAAUUCGUCGCAUAUUAACAUGGAUGCUAUUGACUUAGGAGGAGUUUCAACUGACGAAAACUGUUUUAUAACAGAUUUUCAUGCAGUUCGUUUAUUCUAUUUUGUCGACUACCAUAAUUCCAGCAAACAGGAAAUUGCGAAAAAAUGGAAAAAAGAAAUUUUUAAAAUAGUUUCUCAAAAUUCCUUCAACCAUAUCCACGUAUCAUUACUGAAUAGUAUUAGUAUCGACAGCGAAGUUGAUAAUAUAUUUGAAAAUAUCGUAUGGCAUAUUAUUAUUGGUGGAACAUCUAUGAUAACAUUUGCAAGUGUAACUUGUCUGACGAAGGACUGGGUGACAAGUAAACCGCUGAUUGGUAUUUCCGGUUGUAUUUCGUCCACGUUUGCUGUGGUAACUGCUUCUGGUCUGUUGCUCCUCUGCGGCAUGAAAUACUCCGGAGGCAAUACGAUUAUUCCGUUUAUAGUUGCAGGUUAG